UUCAUCACUAGCAAUUUUCAGUCUUUCCUUUAAUUGAAUCAUUUAUCUUAUUAAUUACCAAAAGCUGUAAGCUAGCUUCAAUUUUCUUUAAUGUCAACUACAAUUGAUAUUAAUCCUGAUGCUGAAUCAAGUGCUGCUGCUAAGGGAAAAGCUCCCCUAAUAGGAACUUCCACCACCCAUGGAGGAGGAAACAACAAGGGUAUUGCCAUAUUUGACUUUCUUUUGAGGCUAGGUGCUAUAAUUGCUGCUUUUUGUGCUGCUGCUACAAUGGUAACUAGUGAUGAGACCCUUCCUUUCUUCACUCAGUUCUUCCAGUUUGAAGCUGGUUAUGAUGAUCUCCCCGCUUUUCAGUUCUUUGUUAUUACUAUGGCAAUAAUUGGAGGCUAUUUAGUCCUUUCUCUUCCCUUCUCUGUUGUGGCUAUUAUUCGCCCUCACGCUGUCGGACCAAGGCUCCUUCUCCUCAUUUUGGACAUUGUGGCGCUAACUCUAAACACGGCGGCUGCUGCAGCUGCGGCGGCCAUAGUGUACUUAGCUCACAAUGGUAACCAAAGCUCAAACUGGCUGGCUAUUUGCGUACAAUUUGGUGAUUUUUGCCAGAAAGUGAGUGGAGCUGUGGUGGCAUCGUUUGUUUCAGUUGUUGUCUUCAUGUUGUUGGUUGUGAUUUCUGGUCUGGCUCUUCGAAAGCAGAAUUAAUUAGCAUGCUUUUUGUUUUCUUGCUUUCAUCAAUUAUAUAUGAUCGAUGUUUCUUUAUUAUUUCCUGUAUUAGGAGAAAUUUAAAAGAAAAUAUCAUUUUGUU